GUGGGUGUGUGUGUGCUGCUUAACGGCAAGCAGAAGAGCCCUGCCAGACAGCCUGCUCCAACUGGCCACAUAAUCCAGUCCAACAGCUCGUCUCUCCUGUUUGCUUUAGGUGAUGUCUUGGAUUUAGCCAGUCCACACGGGUGCUAUGAAUAAGACACUGGAUAAAAUUCUCACUUCUGGAGGACUUGGACAGAGAGCAGAGAUUUUUCAGAGUGACAAGGGUAAUGUAAGUGUCUUCUCCAACCCAGCAAUCAUAUCUCUGGAAGAUCCUUUACUCACAUUAAAUUCUCAGAGGAGCAAGACCAAGUUUUGCAAGGGGAACAGGAAUGUUAAAGAGGAAGAGGAGUCUUCAACUUUCCAUAUUCCAAACCCCUUUCCUGAAGUUCUGCCUCCUACUCUCACCCAGUCAGUCUCUGAGUGUUUAGUACCUUACAUGAAAAGUAGUGCGACUCUGGUCAUUAAAGUUUAUGAUGAAAACAACACCAGCAAAGCUGUAGAAGCUCCAACUGAUGUCACUGCAAGGGACAUAUGCCAGCUAUUUGUCCUGAAAACUCACUGCAUUGAUGACCACAGUUGGACGCUUAUUGAUCAUCUGACCCAGCUGGGAAUAGAGCGAACCAUAGAAGAUCAUGAAUAUGUAAUGGACGUGCAAUCAGGCAGAGGGAUGGACACAGACAGUCGGCUGUAUUUUAGGAAGAAUUAUGCCAAAUAUGAAUUCUUUAAGAAACCCCUGGACUUUUUCCCAGAUCACAUGGUUUCCAUCUCCACGGAAACUAAUGACAUCGUGGAUCAUUCUGAGCUCAUUGAGACCUUCCUCAAAUCCAGCACUUGUCCUGAGAUCCAUGGCCACCUUCAUGUCAAAGAGCAAAGCAAGAAGUCCUGGAAGAAGUUCUAUUUUGUUUUACGGAGGUCAGGGCUUUACUUCUCCACUAAGGGGACUUCCAAGGAACCAAGGCAUCUUCAGUUUUUUGCUGACUUCACUGACAGUGACAUUUACACCGUUCUGUCUGCCAAAAAAACACAUGGGGCACCAACAGAGUUUGCUUUCUGUGUUAAGGCUACAAAGUGCAGUUCAGCUCGUGAUUUGAAGCUGCUUUGUGCUGAUGAUGAGCAGACCAGGACCUGUUGGAUCACAGCCAUGCGCUUGUUAAAGUUUGGGAUGCAACUUUAUCAGAAUUUCAUCCAGCCUCACCAGAAGCAAAAAGCCUCACCAGUGAGAAGCAUCUCUGAGAACUCGCUGGUAGCCAUGGACUUUUCUGGUCAGAAAACACGAGUGAUCGAGAACCCUUCUGAAGCUCUGUCUGUGGCAUUGGAGGAAGGCCUGACGUGGAGGAGGAAAAGCUGCCACCGUUUGAGUUGCCAUGGGAGCCCCUCCUCCACACAGACUUCCGUUUCAAACCUAGCUAUCCACUUGGUUCAGCCAUGGUUCCAUGGCAAAAUGUCUCGAGACGAGGCUCAGCGUCUAAUUAUGCAGCAGGGUCCUAUUGAUGGAGUAUUUCUGCUGAGGGACAGCCAAAGCAACCCGAAGACAUUUGUUCUCUCACUGUGUCACAUGCAGAAAAUCAAACACUUUCAAAUUGUACCAGUGGAGGAUGACGGUGAGCUGUUCUACACUUUGGAUGGUCACACACGAUUUACUGACUUGAUCCAGUUAGUGGAGUUUUACCAGUUAAACCGUGGGAUCCUCCCCUGCAGACUAAAGCGCCACUGUACCCGGAUCAGCCUGUGAAAUGGGCCCCAAGAGACCCCCAUGCACCGCUCACUCUGGGUUUUGUUCAACACCCUUUUCUAUCUUGUGCCUUUCAGAAGAAGAACUUUGUAGUUUUCACAAAGUGGAACAUUUACCAUCUUUCUUUUUCACUUUUAGAAAAACUCAAAAUUUUAGAACUUUCAGUUUGCAAAAAAGAUUGUUUUCUGGCUCCGUCACAUUUUCUACAUUUUGGGAAACCUGUUUCACAGACUGUAACCAUGACUUAUUGCCUUUUUGCUUAUUGAGGCUUAGCAUAUACAGUGCUUAAGAGUUAAAUUGUUUCAUUUUACAAUAUCAGGGAGGGAAACUACAAACUUUAACUGAUAUAUUAAAACCAGGAAAGGUUUUUGGUCUGCUUGUUUGGUUUGGACCAUAAGCAGACUUCUUUUUUUUAUUAUUAUUUGUGGUGUCUGUCUUUCACAAUUUCCAUUAUGUUCAAAUCUGCUAUUUCUUAAAAAACGAAGCCAGUUGUGUGACAACCAUUGCUUCAUUUCAACAGCACUAAAUAGAGCGAGACAGAGCACAUACCCACAAAUUGAGGAUAGCUAUCUUUAAAGUUGUGUCAGCUUCAUUCUCUGUUGCAUAAUUAUGCUGUUACUUGAGUUAAAAAAUCAGUGUCAAGUAAAACUCAUUUAACACAUAUUGUGCAAUGUUCAGUUUCUAAUUUUGGAACAGCUUUGCUGGAUGCGUUCUGCAAGCCGAAUGAGAAUAAGGGAUUUGCAUCUCCUAACCCACGUAAUGCUGGUAGCAGUUUAGCAAAGCAAAAGAUGAUCAGGCUUGACUUUUGUCUAACAUUUACUACUGCUUCAGGUCUAGCUAGAGAGUCUCACCAGAAAUUAACUGCAUGGUACACUUUGGAAAACCAACUGAUACCUCCAAAAGGCAGUCUAAGACUGGUUAUAUGGUCCUAAUCAGGGUGUUGAUGAGUCUAAUCACACCUGCACAAAAGGUUUAUACUAAUCAGGGACAUGAACUCUGGUCUGUUUAAACAUACCAAAUAUGCCAGGUGUGAAUAUCCCCAAAGGCUGUUUAACAUUUACAUGCAAUGCAAGAAGACUGAAACUCGGUGAAACUUUACAACCACAAACUUCUAUGUAUUUUACAAUGACUUUUUUUCACGGAAGACCAACAUAAGCUAUCAAGACUAUGAAGGAGGAAGAAACUGUGGUCCUAUAGUUGUGGUUUGCAAGUAUAUUCAUCCCUUUGUAACUACAGCUGUGAGCAUCUGGGAAGAAGUUUCCACAAGACUUUAAAGAUUAAAAUCUUUUCCCAUUGUGAUUGACAAUGGAAGGAUUAAUAUGCUUCGAUCUUAAUGAUUCCAUUGUACUCGUGGCAGGAGAUUCAGGGUCAUUCUGAUACUGGAAGUUAAACUGCUCUAGUCUCAAGUCACUUUUAGUAUGAAAUUGUCUGUAAAUGCUGCUAUUAGUGCAAUGUUAAGUUUCUGCCAAACAUACGUAGUGUUAUCUAUGUAGACCAAAAAGAACUUUAGUACAUCAUCUUUGAACAUUUGCUGUGUCCCCUCCUAUGCCUGCGUGUAAGACUGUUUAUGGCUGUCCUUAUGACAAUUUGUGGAAUGCACAAAUUGGUGGACUGUUAAUGGGACAUUUGAGCAAAACAUGACAAUUAGUUGUCCCGUCUUCGGUUCCUACCGCCUAAGCUAUGAUCUCUGCAGCUCUUCCAAAGUUGCUUUGGGUUAUCCAGCUGCCUUUCUGAUUAGUGCACUUCUUAGCUGGCCUAUAAGUAUAGAUGCAUGGCCAUGUGUUUGUUGGUUUUGUUCUACUAGAUUAUAAUAGAAUAGACUCUUUAGAAUUGAAUAAACUAUUUCUAGGUUUGGAUGAUUAAUUAAAAUUAUUUUAGACAUUUAAAGUUUGGAGAUUUUAUGAGCUAACUGUGGCUUUAAACCUCAUUAUACAUUAUACCUGAACUCUUUGCUCUGUUACUUGGUCUUUAUAAUGCUGCUUGUUCACUAAUAUUUUUAAGAAAACCUCUGAGCCCUUCAAAGAACAAUUGUUAAGUCAAAUCAAACACAUGUGGACCUUUUUUUUCCACUUAUAUGACCUCUGAUUUGCUGAACAUAUGUUUUAAUUUGAGUCAUUUCCAGUACUGUUCCAUCCCACUACUAUUAGUAUUUCAUCUGCAAAAAAAGAACAAGAUGUCAGAAACAAAAUAACAAAGUUAUGCACUGCUUUGUUUUGAGCUAUAACAAAAAAUCCUAAUAAAACAUCGAAGUUUGUGGUUUUAAAGUAGAAAAGUGAAAAGUUAGUGGUAGUUAGUAUAUUGCACUGUAUACAUUUGUGAUUAUACAUCUGUCAAAAACAGAUAAUCAAUUUCCCCCAAAAAACAUGCUUAAAUGGAAUCAUAGCAUUCUGAAAAACACAGCUUCAGCUGUUUGAUGAGGGCAGCCUUAUUUUUCUUUUCAUAUCUUUUUGUUCUGGUAUUUUUUAUUUAUUUAUUUGUUUUUAUUAAUAGAAACUGCCCUCUCGGGAAAAGUUACUGUUUUCCUAAAAGAAACGUCUUUUUUUUUUAUUAUUUAGAGCCUUCACUUAGAACAAGAGCAACAUGGUAUAUUUAAGAAUUUGUAGAUUCAAGCCAAAAUAUAGACAAUAGGCGGAACUGAUUUUGAUCAUAAUGGAAUCAGCAGUAAUGUUAAAAUGAAUCCUUAGCAGUAACUUGAAGUUGUAUGACUGCUUUGGCUCAGCCCUUAAAGACACAUCAUCAGAUAUGUUAUAUUUUUGUUUAAAUUGUAGUAUCUUAAUAGUUCUGCUGAGGAAAAACUGUAUCAUUCAUUCUUACUUUUUUUAAAUAAACCUACAUUAUUAAAAUGUAUUUUAGGU